CUUUCUCCACUAUGUCUCGGCAGAGUUUGUCAUCAGGAGCAGCAGUGUCCGCUCGAGCUGUUGGCCCUCCAGAGCAAAUGGUGUUGAGAACCCCACGGAGGAGCCACAGCUACCUCUCUGAUCUCUAUCAGAACAUGCUGCAGGAAGAGAAAGCCCGGCGUGUGGAGCAGAGGAGGUGCCAGCAUGGCAGCAACAGUGCCAGCAUCCUGAAUGUCUCUGUCAGUGAGAAGAUGCAGCAGAGGCAUCCUCAGAGCACCACGGUGACGAGCUGUGACCCACACCUUAGGCCCAUCAUGCGCCGCCGGGCCAGGUCCUUGCCCAGUUCUCCGGAGAGGAGGAGGAGGAUGACAGCACCAUGCCGUGUCCCAGGGUGCAACACCCGCAGGAACAGAGUCAGGUUUGCAGAUGCGCUAGGUUUGGAGCUGGCUGAAGUGAAAGUGUUCCAAGCAGGGGAAGAUCCAUCUAUUCCUCUGCAUGUUCUCUCUAGGCUGUCCAUCAACUCUGAUCUUUGCUGCAGCCGAUUGGACCUGGAGUUUACUAUGCAGUGCCUGGUGCCCAACUUCCAACAACCUGCUGACUGCGAAGACUUCCUCAGCCGCCUGCAGGAGCAGCAGGUGUGCCUUGAGCGAGUGACCAGCUCAGAUCUAGGUCUGAAUGGCACCCUCAAGGUUGUCAAUGUUGCCUUUGAGAAGCAGGUAGCUGUACGCUACACCUUCAAUCACUGGAGGGGUCAGCAUGAAGUAAAUGCUCAGUGGCACAGCAGUGUUCCCGGCAAGGAAGGGCAGGCUCAAGCGGAUGUCUUCACCUUCUUUCUUCCUGUGGCUCCUUUCCUCCUCCAGCUGAGCUCAGUGGUUGAGUUUGCACUACUGUACCGAGUUGGCGGGCAGGAGUAUUGGGACAACAAUCGAGGCAAGAACUACAGCCUCACAUGUAGGAGUCACCCACUUAAGAUGCCCAGAGAAUGUGAAGAAAGCUGGAUUCACUUCAUCUAAGCAAAAGGAGAUCAAAAGAGCUACCGGCCUUUUGCUACCCUGGCACUAUCUUCUUUUGGCAUUUCUCUCCUUCCUGAGGCACCAAAGAAACCCUUCAGAAUGGCAAAGAUCCUUCCGAAUAAAAGAAUAACAAGUGAUCUGCACAAAAGUUAUUUAUAGAAGAGGGUUAAAAAAAAAAAAGCUAAAGGGCCAUAACUACAUUGAUUUGCAUCCAAAUGCUUUUUUAAAAAAGUAUAAAUCACUGCAGAAAGGACACUGUCAGGAGAUGCAAGCCAUUUUUUAAUUGAUUUGAUUAACUCUUGUGGUAGUCUAUAAAAUAUAUAUUAGGGUAUUUUCAAUCGUACAAUUUAUUUUUUCACUCUAUUGUUUUGCACUUCAGUCAAUGCACUUUUGCACUUUUUUUGGUAAGUCUUUUGCGGAUGGAACACAAGCAGAUUGCUUUUGCUACUUUGUAGCAGAAAAAUGUUGCACAGAUUCUAUGCACUGGUCAAAAACACUGCAAAGUCUGGGGUGCAAAAAGGGAUGUUGUUAAAUACUACAAAUGUUCAAAUAUAAUUAUAUAUUUUAAAUUGCAUUUUAUAAAACGUAUCUGACAGUGUCCCUAUAUAAGGCAUUUCAAGUCCCUAAAAAUGAUAAAUUAUAAGGUCUGGUUGUUACUAAAGAUAGGCCACUGUGCAGUUUUGCAGGGAAAAUGUCUUCACGUUCAAAUCAAAACAUCCAUAGGAAGCAAAACUAGCCUAUGUAGAGCGGCUUCUUUUCUAGCUUGUUUUAUUUAAUGAUACAAAAACCGUUUUGCACUUUUGUAAUGUGUGCCAUUUGAGGAUAAUGGAAUGCUGUACAAAUAUUGUCUCCAGUACAGUACUGUAUUGGAAUAAUUCACCUAGAUUGCUGGAUAGUAAGAUACAGAAAUGAAGGCCAUCUACAGAGUUAAGACAACCAAUAUUUGUAAAAGGGGAAUGAUGCUGAACUUCAUAAAAGUAAAACAUUCUCUGAAAUGCUUAGCUAAAACAUGGAUAAUGACAUUGUGGUUGCUAAUGAACUACAGUUGAAUAUUAGAAUGUUUGAUUUAGGAGAUAUGUGUUUAUGCUGCAAGGGGCCUUGGAUUCAAAUGACAACAAGCCAUGGUGAAGCUAAGCAAAGAGGUUGUUUUGAUGCAUACCACAUGUUGUUUUGCCCUUGAAUUCAGGGUUGGUUCCCCUCCCCAAAUUGCAAGUGGGGUGGGUGAUCUGGAUCAGGACUCUAGCAUGGGAGCAGGAGGUUCUGCAGGCACAAUACGGAUUCCCUUCCCCCUCACACCUGCAAUUUGCAUUACAAAAACAAAAACAAAUGAGACCUUUGUUGAAAUGUAAAUUACUGACAUGUGGGAGCUGCAGCAGGGUGGCAGAUGUUUAAAGUAUCACUUCAUGCUAGGGUCUCAUUUCAGACCAGAGCCCCAAAUGCUGCAAUAGUGUGUGCGUGUUAAACCCCUAUAUUUAAGGGCUGAACUCCUCAGUUUACUCCACAUGUAGCUUGGCUCUGAAACUGCCUUAUUUGUUGAAAGUUCAGUCCCAUGGAUUCCUUUGGAAAGGUGCUGAGACAGAACUUUUCUUCUCUAUGUAUUUCCAAUAUGAAUGUAUACAGUAAAAACGGUGAUUGUGGGUGAAAAAGCUUCUUCAUGUGCCAUGUUUCUGUCACAGUUUUUCUACAAAUGUGUUAGGGUGAUUUCUUGCCCUGCUGUAGAUAGCAUCUGUAUGUGCUAUUAAUAGUGAGAUCGUUCUAGAAACACACCGCUACUGACAACAUUAACUAUUAAGAUGGAUGUGCACUUCUGUGCAUGGUAGGGCUAAAAGUCACCAUAUAUAUAAAACCCAACUGGCGAUGUGACAUGCCUAUACAAGCCUCCUGAGGCUGAAAAAUACCAUAAAUCAAAGAUCUAAUAUUAACUCAGUAGGCCAUGCCUCACCAAGUAUGGGUGUAGUGAAAUAUAGGGAAAUCUCAUCCCCUCCCCCUUAUUUUGCAGUGUAUUGUUGUAGCACUAUACUAAGCAGCAUUAUACAG